AUGACAAUGGCGGCAGCCGCCUCUAGAACUCUACUCCUUUCACUCUCCCACUCCACCGCAGCCAAACUCACCCACUUCCCCCGCCACCGCCCAUUUCUUCGGUUGCCUAAACCCAGCAGGGUUUUGCUAGGGUUUAACUUCAAACCCAUCUGCACAGCAUCAGCCACCACCGCCACAGAAGCAGCGCCCGCCACCGAAAUCACCGACCCGGAACAGGCAAAGCACGCUAUUCUCUUGGAGAGGCUUAGGUCUAGACACCUCAAGGAACCCUCCAAAUCCAAUUCCCGACAUUCUUCUUCCGCUGCCGCAGCUGCUGUCGAGGGCGAGGAAUGGAAUGGGUCUGAUAGGAAGAAGAAAGGGAAGACGUUUAUGGUGGGGAGUUUUGAGGAGCUAGGUUUGAGCGAAGAGGUGAUGGCCGCCCUCAAAGAGAUGUCAAUUGAAGUUCCCACCGAGAUUCAGUGCCUUGGGAUUCCUGCUGUCUUGGAAGGCCAGAGUGUGGUUUUGGGUUCUCAUACUGGUUCUGGAAAGACUCUCUCUUAUCUACUGCCCAUUGUCCAGUUGAUAAGACAGGAUGAGGCAUUAUCAGGUAGAAUGAUGAAGCCAAAGCGUCCUCGAGCUGUUGUUCUAUGCCCCACUAGGGAGCUUUCUGAGCAGGUCUUCCAUGUUGCCAAGUCGAUUAGCCAUCACGCUCGGUUCCGGUCUAUCAUGGUUAGUGGUGGUGGAAGGUUGAGACCGCAGGAAGACUCACUUAAUAACGCUGUUGAUAUGGUAGUUGGGACUCCCGGUAGGAUUCUUCAACACAUUGAGGAAGGCAAUAUUGUGUAUGGAGAUGUGAAGUAUGUGGUUUUGGAUGAGGCAGAUACUAUGUUUGAUCGUGGGUUUGGUCCUGAUAUUCGUAAGUUUCUUGCUCCGCUGAAAAAUCGUGCAUCAAAGGCUGACGGGCAAGGGUUUCAAACUGUUUUGGUUGCUGCAACAAUGACAAAGGGAGUUCAAAUGCUAGUCGAUGAGGAGUUCCAGGGCAUAGUGCAUUUACGCACAUCGACACUGCAUCGAAAGGUUGCAUCUGCUCGCCAUGAUUUCAUAAAACUCUCUGGCUCUGAAAAUAAGCUCGAAGCAUUGCUACAGGUUCUUGAGCCAAGUUUGGCCAAGGGGAACAGGGUGAUGGUCUUCUGUAAUACCCUGAAUUCUAGCCGUGCUGUGGACCAUUUUCUUUCUGAGAAUCAGAUGGCUACUGUUAAUUACCAUGGAGAGGUCCCGGCAGAGGAGAGGGUUCAGAAUCUGAACAAAUUCAAAAGCGACGAUGGAGAUUGCCCCACAUUGGUUUGUACGGACUUGGCUGCUAGAGGGCUAGACUUGGAUGUAGACCAUGUGAUAAUGUUUGAUUUUCCCUCGAACUCUGUUGAUUACCUUCAUAGGACUGGAAGAACUGCUCGAAUGGGUGCAAAAGGUAAAGUAACGAGCUUGAUCACUAAAAAGGACGUACCACUAGCCACAAAGAUCGAGGAGGCUAUAAGAAAGAACGAGAGCUUGGAGUCCCUCACUAUGGAUGGCGUUCGAAGAGACAAAGCCCGGGCUCGUAUUACUGAACAGAAAGGGAAGAAUGUAAGACUGUCGAAAUCAUCCAGCCAGAGUAGCAAGACUAAACCUCUUGGCGUUAAAUCUAACAGCUCGACCAAGGUCCAGGGUUCUACAAGAAGCUCUGGACGAAAGCCCUCUCCCGCAACACCAUCUAGGAGAGUUGUGAAGGUUGGAAAAACAUUGAAGUUCUCGAAGAUCGAGAAGCCUUCAAAGAACGAGAAGCCUUCAAAGACCGCGAAUUCUUCAAAGGCAUUCAAGUCUUCUUCAAGUCCCAAGAAACAAAUGGGAAAGAAACGAAGUCCAACUGCGAUUCAACCAGGAGGUCCAAAACUUAGUGUUGCAGCCUUGAGAGGCAGGUCGUCUUCGUCUAACAAGAGGGAAUCAUCAAGUCUCGGUUGA